AUGUGUAAAUCAAUAAGUUAUAUUAUGAUGAUUAUUUGAUCAAUUAUUCAUAAAAACGUAUUUUCAGAUGCUGAAAUUCAAGAAUGGUACAAAGGAUUUUUAAAGGACUGUCCUAGCGGACAUCUGAGUGUAGAAGAGUUUAAAAAAAUUUAUGGCAAUUUUUUCCCUUAUGGCGAUGCUUCUAAGUUUGCAGAACAUGUCUUUCGAACAUUCGAUGCGAAUGGUGAUGGUACAAUUGACUUUCGAGAAUUUCUUUGUGCUCUAAGUGUGACUUCGCGUGGGAAAUUAGAGCAAAAAUUAAAGUGGGCCUUCAGUAUGUACGAUCUUGAUGGAAACGGUUAUAUUUCUAGACAAGAAAUGCUUGAGAUUGUUACUGCAAUAUAUAAAAUGGUAGGAACAGUAAUGAAAAUGCCAGAAGACGAAUCUACUCCAGAAAAGAGAACUGACAAAAUAUUUCGUCAAAUGGAUAAAAAUAAAGACGGAAAGUUAUCUCUAGAAGAGUUCAUAGAAGGUGCUAAAAGUGACCCAUCCAUUGUGCGACUAUUGCAGUGUGACCCAAGUGCACAGGCUCAGUGA